AUGGUUUUUGAAAGAAAUACCAACGUUUUAUUGACUAGCUUUGUUGUAGUGAAGGACGUUGUGUUGAAAUUGAAGCCACUUCAGACUAAGGACGAGCUUUUGGUUUUUGCUGCUGUUGGAAUCAAGUUGAAAGUGAUUAUAAUAAACUUGAGGAGAAAGCAGGGGGCUAUAGACCUGAAAUUUUUAUCUGUGGUGGUAGUUCUUAUCCUAGAGAAUGAGAAUAUGGAAGGUUUAGAAAGAUUGCUUUGGAGCUGUUUUGAUGUGUGA